CUGGGCAGGGUAUGGGGGCUGUGUAUAUGUGAUCUCCCACUACCCCCCACCUGGCCAGAGCUAAAAUAAUAAAAUGCUGAGCUCACUGUUCCCCCACCCUUUCCCCCGGCACUGGUCUCCUCCUGCUGCAGGGACAGUGCCCCAGUAGAACAGACAGACCAACCGACAGGAAGGUGAGAAGAGAGGUGGUCAUCAGAACUGGCUCUUAGUGCCACAUUGGGGUAGGGGCUACCAUGUCAUCGUAUCAGAAGGAGUUGGAGAAAUACAGAGACAUAGAUGAAGAUGAGAUCCUAAGAACCUUGAGCCCUGAGGAGCUAGAGCAGCUGGACUGUGAGCUACAAGAGAUGGACCCUGAGAACAUGCUCCUGCCAGCUGGAUUAAGACAACGUGACCAGACAAAGAAGAGCCCAACAGGGCCACUGGAUCGAGAUGCCCUUUUGCAGUACCUGGAGCAACAGGCACUAGAAGUUAAAGAGCGUGAUGACUUGGUGCCCUUCACAGGAGAGAAGAAAGGAAAACCCUAUAUUCAGCCCAAAAGAGAAAUUCCAGCACAGGAACAGAUCACCCUGGAGCCUGAGCUGGAAGAGGCACUGGCCCAUGCCACAGAUGCUGAAAUGUGUGACAUUGCAGCAAUUCUCGGCAUGUACACACUGAUGAGCAACAAGCAAUACUAUGAUGCCAUCUGCAGUGGAGAAAUCUGCAACACCGAAGGCAUUAGCAGUGUAGUUCAGCCUGAUAAGUAUAAGCCAGUGCCAGAUGAACCUCCAAAUCCUACAAACAUUGAGGAGAUGCUAAAGAGGGUUCGAAACAAUGACAAGGAGCUGCAGGAGGUGAACCUCAAUAAUAUACAGGACAUCCCGAUCCCCAUGCUAAGUGAGCUGUGUGAGGCGAUGAAGACAAAUACCUAUGUCCGGAGCUUCAGUCUGGUGGCCACAAGAAGUGGUGACCCCAUCGCCAAUGCAGUGGCGGACAUGUUGCGUGAGAACCGUAGUCUCCAGAGCCUGAACAUUGAAUCCAACUUCAUUAGCAGCACAGGGCUCAUGGCUGUGCUGAAGGCAGUUCGGGAAAAUGCCACACUGACUGAACUCCGAGUAGACAACCAGGGGAGCCAAGUCAACACCUUUUCAUUCACUCGGGAAAAACAAGCUACUUGACUUCUCAAAGAAUCCUGUGGUCUGGGAUUGUGAAUAACACAGAGAGGGCAGCUGAUAGCUUUCACCUCUCCAUCCUUCAGCGCCAGUGGCCUGGUGAUGCAGUGGAGAUGGAAAUGGCCACUGUGCUAGAGCAAUGUCCCUCUAUUGUUCGUUUUGGCUACCACUUUACACAACAGGGACCACGAGCUCGGGCAGCCCA